GAAAUUUCAUCUCAAUUCCUCAAAUUGCUAUAACUAGUUCCAAUUCCAUAGAAUUCAAAAUUUAGAAUUUAAAAUGAAUUCCUUUAAAUACCAAACACAAAAAUGAUUCAUUUCAAAAUAAAUUCCUCAAAAUUUGUAGAAUUCAUUUAUACCAAACGGCAUGUAAUUAAGUUUAGUAUGAUAACGUAAAGAAUGAAUCACAAACUCGUCUGGUUGUAAAAGAGUGAUGUUUAAUUUAUACCACAUAUUUAACCCUACAACCUUUUUUAUGGAGAUUAACUAAUUCCAGAGUAAUGGAGAAUGCUACGGUAGUUCGGUAACACAAAAAAAUGUGGUAUUUACCAUAUUCUCGAAAUCGGUAUCAAGAGAACCUAUCUUUUAUGACACGAAAAUGACAAAUACGAUAAUUCUUCCUACGAUAAUAAUGUCCACUGAUUAUAUGCCUCACCGUAAAAUUCUGAGGUCCCUAUAUUAUAUGGGUUGGCCAACACAUCAUGUUAAUGGUUGGCCCUGUGUAUGCAUAUAAUUUGUAAGUUGAGUAUCGUGACCUAAAUAAUUAAUUACAAACUCGCGUCUAUACAGAAAUUGAAUCGGGUUUUGAAGAAAGAAUAUGUAAUUCUUCUUACGAUAACCCUUCAAUCGUCUCGAAUUAGUACAAACAGAAGAUAUCUUUUACAACACGAAAAUGUCAAUUAUGAUAAUUCUUCCUGCAGUAACAGUAAUCACUGAUCCCCUGCCUCAUGAAGAAAAGCCAUAAAUAAUUUCUGUUUGAGGAACUCUGUUUUCAAUCUCUUUCAUUUGAUCAUUUUUUAGCCAUGACUUAGAACAGAGGGACAACAGUGUUUUAAUAGAAAAAAACCAUUGACCCAGAUCUGCUGCAAGUCUGCAACCAGCAAAACCUUUUUACGUUUCCGCCACCACUACUACGUGCGCGUCCCGUCAAAGACUUCGUUUUCCCCCAUGAAAAUAUCCAAUGCCAUCAUUUAUGACGCCCCCUCUCUCUUCCGCCAUAGCCACUUCUUCGAAACUUCUCCGCUUCUAGUUUUCUAAUGGCUUAUAUAAUGGAAACACCGACCCCUGUUUUCUGACGGGUGAGGCUCUCUGGCUGUCUCGUUCUUGCGUCUCCUCCAAAAAUUGCCCUUGUCCGCAUUUACUCUUUAGUUCUUCCGCGCAGCAACCUCAGCUCUAUCAGCCAAUCAACUUCUCGAAAUCAAUCCUUCAUUUUCUCCGUCCAUUUAUUGCGGGUUGCUGAUUCGACUCCUCUUCCCCUGUUUUCCCCUCGAUUCGGGAUCUCGUUCUCGGAUCCCGCCCAGUUCACUUGCCCGCUGGACAUUUCUUCCGUCAAUCCCGUCCCUGGAGAUCGAUUGGGGGCAUUUCUGAAUCUGGGUUCUGGUCCAAAUCCGUCACUGUCUGGGUAAUUAGUCUACUAACUGGUUCUUCCUUUUAUACCUCUGGUUCAAGGGUUUUGCUUGUUUUCCCGGGAACAGAGAAAAGGGUAAGUGAGAAUCCCACCAGUGAAAAAAGAUGUCUGCGAUUCGACCCGAGUCGACGAAGCAGCUCGCGACGAGCAGCGUGGUGGUGGGCUACGCUCUCUGCUCCAGCUUGCUCGCCGUGAUCAACAAGUUCGCCAUUACCAAAUUCAACUACCCAGGGCUUCUCACGGCUUUGCAGUACUUGACCUCGGCGCUCGGAGUCUGGGUUUUGGGGAAAUUAGGCUUCUUGUAUCACGAUGCUUUCAAGUUGGAGACUGCAAAGAAGUUUCUCCCCGCUGCCUUUGUUUUCUACCUUGCAAUCUUCACCAACACCAAUCUGCUGCGCCAUGCCAAUGUGGACACCUUCAUUGUGUUCAGAUCUUUAACCCCGCUUCUUGUUGCUAUAGCCGACACUUUGUUCAGGAAACAGCCAAUCCCAUCUAAGCUCACUUUCAUGUCCCUGUUCAUCAUUUUGGGAGGUGCUGUGGGUUAUGUGGCUACUGAUUCAGCUUUUACCCUCACUGCAUAUUCAUGGGCACUUGCUUAUUUGGUGACAAUCGUGUCUGAAAUGGUUUACAUCAAGCACAUUGUGUCGAGCAUUGGACUGAACACUUGGGGCCUGGUGCUGUACAACAAUCUGCUGUCUUUGCUCAUAUCGCCUGUGUUUUGGGUUCUCACUGGGGAGUAUCGUGAAGUGUUUGCUGCUGUCGGUUCGAGUGGCGGGGAUUGGUUCAGGAUUGAUGCUUUCUCUGCGGUGGCAUUGUCUUGUGUGUUUGGUGUGCUCAUCAGUUUCUUUGGGUUCGCGGCCAGGAAGGCGAUUUCUGCUACUGCAUUCACUGUGACUGGUGUGGUUAACAAGUUUCUGACUGUUGUGAUCAAUGUGAUGAUAUGGGAUAAGCAUGCCACUCCAUUCGGAUUGCUUUGCCUCCUCUUCACGCUGUGUGGAGGAGUUCUUUACCAGCAGUCCGUUACUGGUGCACGUGUUGAGCCUGUUGCUAAACCGAAAGACAAUGGCGAACCGGAUGCAGAGAAUGUGAUUCUUAUCGAGAGGAAAGAGGGCGACGAGGAUAAGUAGGAAGGAAGGCUUUGUCUGGUAAAACUUGGAUGAGAGGACUGGUAGUUUUUGUGUUCCUUAAGCUUGUUUAGAACUAUGAUUGUUUGAAGAAUCUUAUCAGAUCACAGGACUGGGCUGGAAUUAGUUUUUGUGUCUUAAUGGUGAUUAUUUACCGGUGUCGAUUCAUUAGGUUUCACUUGAUAUUAUAUCAUAGUAUGGGAGGGUACCUUUUUCUCAGUAAAUUGUGUUCAUGCUUCUUAAACUGAUUGUUGGAGCAGUCCUACAGACAAAGUUGAGAAGUUGGAUUCAAGGCACCUUCAAAGGGGUUACUAUCAUAUAGCUCAAUACAAAAUGUUAAAAUGCUUCCAAAUGUUUAUGAAUACGUGAUUAUCCAUUGCUAGACCUUAUACUUUAUUCUUGCUCUUUUCAUAUUAAGUCAUGUUUGCAGUAUAUUUCUAAGACGUUGGAAUAUAUUUUCUAUUUAUGC